AUGUUUAACGCAACUCAACAUCGCGGCAAUCCCAAUUUGGGGCCUGCGCCUCCCGGCCAGCCCAGCCAUCGCCUGAAUGAGAUUUUGGAUCAACUGCGAGCAGAGUUCGACAAUCAGUCUAGGGCCUCUGAGCAAGUCGAGGGUCAGGUGUCGCAGCAGAUUCAAGAGAUGGAGUUGAUUCGUAACAAGGUCUAUCAGCUCGAGCAGAACCAACUGAAGAUGAAGCAGGAGUAUGAGGCUGAGAUCCGUUUGUUGCGACAUGAACUGGAGAUGCGCGGGGGAACCCAGGUGCAGUCGCACCUCGGUGGCCCUCCCCAACAUGCUGGUCCAGCGCAAGCGCCCCCAGCUUUGGGACACGGCCAGGGUGGCCUAUUCAGUGGAAUCAUGGCAAACCAAGGUCAAGGUGGUCCAGGACUGGCUCCUCCACCAGAACAACCUCCUCCUCAACAACAUCCUCUACAACCCCCUCCACCCUCGGCACAACCCCAGGGACCGCCGCCACAACCACCCAAUCCCUUUCCUGGCUAUCAGCAGGGUCCUACGUUGAACGGUUAUGGGCCGCAACCACAGCCUCCUACGAAUUCCCCGGGUCUUGGGAAGAAUCGAUCUAUGGCAAGCAGAGGCGCACCCGGACCUGGACCGGCCACUCCUCAGCAACAUCCCAAUCAACCACAGGCUAUGCCAUAUCAGAAUGAUCCGAGAGCUUCGCCUCAAAUUCCCCGACCCACGCCUCCAGGUUCAGACAUGGUACUUGGACCGCGCCACCAAAUGCCGGGCCAAGGCCAGUAUCCUAAUGUCGGCAAUGUUCUUGCCGACCUGAAUCCGGAUGAUCUGCCAGAUCAUCUCAAGCGCACCAGUGCCGAUGGCGAAUGGCAUGCUGUCUUCAACCCAAACGUCCCUCGUGUGCUGGAUAUUACUCUCUUGCACAACCUUCAGCAUACUUCCGUGGUGUGCUGUGUCCGCUUCUCGAACGAUGGCAAGUAUGUCGCGACGGGCUGCAACCGCAGCGCUCAAAUCUUUGACGCCAGGGACGGCCAAAAGGUGUGCGAGUUGCUCGACGAAAAUGUCCAGGACAAGGAUGGUGACUUGUACAUCCGAUCUGUUUGCUUCUCUCCCGACGGCAAACUAUUGGCCACUGGUGCUGAAGACAAGAGAAUCCGCGUGUGGGACAUCGCAAGCAAGCGCAUUCGCACCACAUUCGACGGUCACGAGCAAGACAUCUAUUCCUUAGACUUCUCUCGGACCGGGCGGUUGAUAGCGUCUGGCUCAGGUGACAAAACCGUGCGCCUGUGGGAUAUUGAGUCAAACCAACAGGUUAUGGUCCUCUCUAUCGAAGACGGGGUGACGACCGUCGCCAUGUCUCCCGACGGGCGUUUCGUUGCCGCCGGUUCGUUAGACAAGAGUGUUCGGGUUUGGGAUUGCUCGAGUGGAUAUCUCAUCGAGCGACUGGAAGGGCCACAGGGUCACAAAGACAGUGUCUACUCGGUCGCUUUCUCGCCUAGCGGGCGGGAGCUGGUCAGCGGUAGUUUGGACAAGACGAUCAAGAUGUGGGAACUCACACCACAGCGAGGACUUAUCCCAGCUGCCACAGCCAAGGAUGGCAAAUGCAUCCGCACCUUUGAAGGGCACAAGGACUAUGUGCUCUCAGUCUGCCUCACUCCCGGAGGCGAAUGGGUCAUGUCUGGGUCGAAAGAUCGGGGAGUCCAAUUUUGGGAUCCCAACACGGGUAACGCACAGAUGAUGCUUCAGGGUCACAAGAACUCCGUGAUAUCUGUUGCGCCGUGCCCGACAGGCCAUCUCUUCGCGACAGGAUCAGGAGACAUGAAAGCUCGAAUCUGGCAGUAUACCACAUGGCGACCGGCACAUCAAGGGCUUUGA